GUGGGGACACAGGAGGGCGAGAGACAACCACUCAGCGGACACUCCACAAAGCAAUAUUCCCCAGCACUCAAACUGUCAAUCAGGAUUAAUGGUCCCUUAAGACAAACAUCAGAUACAACAGUAGGGGUUGAGUUCGGACUUUCGAGUGGUGACUCAGAGAGAGAACUGUGGCGAUAAGGUCUCGUAUGAAAGUGUAGCACAGGGCAGUUGUGCCAGCAGAUCGUGGCUUAGCCUGCUCGAGGAAACGGGGGAUUUCGCCUUCUGCGUUUAGAAUCUGUUCUGACAUUAAUGCGCCUCGGGUGACGAAAUUUAUUCAAAACACUCAAUAAAGAGCGCGACCUUAUGAAAUGUCUGUGGACUGAGUGAGUCCCGCACGCCCCAAAUCGGAGUAAGAAUAGGUCUGUCUUUAUUCUGCCACUGAGCAGGCUUGAUGACUGUUGCUUCCACUCAGUGCGCACUGUUUGCAACGCACAGCUAUAAUGCACGGUUUCUGAUACGUAGGCUAUAUGCGUGUCAUUAAAACUGAAUAUUACGAGCUUUCUGCUGUCUUCAAAGGUAGACAACACAUCAUUAGAGAGCAUCGGUUAGCUGCCGAAAGGAUUCAAGACGCUGACAUUUGGUACUUAAAGGGAGCAAGAAAACCUGAGUUGAGAUGGACCUGAAGACUUUCGGCUGCGUUGUCCUGUUCCCAAUCCAGAUCUUCUACUACAUAAUCAAGGCGAGCGUGUGCUGGCUGCUACCGAGCAGGAGGAGAAGUCUAGCCGGGGAGAUUGUACUGAUUACAGGCGGAGGAAGGGGCAUCGGGCGGCACUUGGCGUCGGAGUUUGCCAAACAGGGUGCAAAAAAGGUGAUUCUGUGGGGCCGCACAGAGAAGUGUCUAAAGGAGACAGCGGAGGAUAUCUGUCAGUCAGGCAUGGAGUGUCACUACUUUCUCUGUGACGUGGCCAACCGUGAGGAGGUCUACAGGCAGGCUAAGGUGGUCAGAGAGAAGGUGGGGGAUGUGACCAUCCUGGUUAAUAAUGCAGCGGUGGUCCACGGCAAGAGCCUCAUAGAUAGCGAUGACGACGCGCUGCUGAAGUCCCAGCACAUCAACACAAUGGGCCAAUUCUGGACGACAAAGGCCUUCCUACCGCGCAUGCUGGAGCUGUGUAAUGGCCACGUGGUCUGCAUCAACUCCAUCCUGUCCCAGUCGCCCAUCCCGGGCACCAUCGACUACUGCACGUCCAAGGCCUCCUCGCUGGCCUUCAUGGAGAGCCUGACCUUGGGGCUGCUGGACUGCCCGGGGGUCAGCUGCACCACUGUUCUCCCCUUCCACACCAACACCGACAUGUUCCAGGGCAUGAAAGUCAGGUUCCCACAGCUCUUCCCUCCGCUCAGACAGGAGGUGGUGGCCCAGCGCACAGUGGAUGCCAUCAGGACCAACACCGCCUUCGUCUAUCUGCCCUGGACAAUGCACAUGCUGGUCCUUCUGAAAAGUAUUCUACCACAGACUGCCAUGGAGGAGAUCCACAGGUUCUCUGGAAGCUACACCUGUAUGAACACUUUCAAAGGACGGACAUAGGAGCCAGGUUACGCUCCAAACGCAAAGACAUUCUGGAGGAACUGGAUGCCGAGGGAGCACAACAGGGAUACGUUUCUGGACAUUGCUGCAGCAUUGGAAGCCCUUAGCCCCCUGUGAUGGAGUACGUCUAGACGCUGGACAUCCUGCUUCCCAACACCCGCUGGAAGACGUCCGUGGACGUUCCUUCCAGCAGAAGGUUGCACCUGUUUCUUCACUCAGCGUGGCUCUUGCUAGCCUCUCACGAUAAACUGGAAGCCUUUUUCACUUGAUACGCAAGAGCCGGCAGAGGAGAGAACUCAAUAGCCUGUUUCUCUUUUUUUUGGUGGACAGUUCAUUGUUUGUUUGUAUAAUAAUUUUACUGUUUUUUUAAAUAAUUAACUAAUGUCUCUGUAAAUUCAGCUGUUGAAUAAAACGACACAGGUUUUUUAACAUAAA